GGGGACCUUCCUUUGCCUCAAUAUAAAUAAAUCCCUUCCCUCUCCUGGUCAUUGUUCUAUUCUUCCCAUCUCGGAGAGAAGAGAUAGAGAGAGAGAAACGAGUUCUAGGGUUUUCCCUACGCGAUUCGUUUAGGAUUUAUUUACUUUUAAAGAAGGCUGUUUUCCAUCUUACCUUUCUUACCUGUCAAAGUGGAGAGUGUGAAGUGCCAGACAUCUUUUAUGUCUGAACGGGACUCCUUUUACUUGGGAUUAAUUGGGUUGCUUGGAGAAUACUGCCCUACAUCCAGAAAAAAGCACAUACACUCUUUGGAUAGAGUUGGUUGCAUGCAUCUCGAGCCAUUUCCAGAUUCUGCACUAAUUCAAGGUUGCGGCUGGGAGCAACCUUUUCCUCUUGCCUCUGAUCAGUUCUGUAGCGAAGAAGCAAGUCACUCAUCAUCACUUACUUCUGCAUCAAACCCUACCUCCAGCAUUUACUACAUCUGACAUCACUUCUAGUCCCUACGAUUGGUUUCUUGGGCAAAGAUGGCUUUGCAGAAUAUUGGUGCCUCAAACAGUGAUGAUGCCUUCUACAGGUACAAGAUGCCAAAGAUGAUAACCAAAAUAGAAGGUCGUGGAAAUGGAAUCAAGACCAACAUCGUGAACAUGGUGGACAUUGCAAAGGCUUUGGCAAGGCCUGCCUCCUACACCACAAAAUAUUUUGGGUGUGAGCUUGGUGCACAGUCAAAGUUUGAUGUGAAAACUGGUACUUCAAUUGUCAAUGGGGCUCAUGACACUGCCAAACUAGCAGGGCUGCUUGAGAACUUCAUCAAAAAGUAUGUGCAGUGCUAUGGUUGCGGGAAUCCUGAAACUGAAAUAGUAAUCACCAAGUCCCAGAUGAUCACCCUCAAAUGUGCUGCAUGUGGGUUUGUAUCAGAUGUGGACAUGAGGGACAAGCUCACAUCUUUUAUUCUGAAGAACCCACCGGAGCAGAAAAAAGGAUCCAAAGACAAGAAGUCAAUGAGGCGGGCAGAGAAAGAGAGGCUGAAGGAAGGUGAAGCUGCUGAUGAAGAACAGAAGAAAUUGAAGAAAGAGAUGAAGAAGAAGGGUGCUGUAUCAUCCAAAGAAGGGGCAAAUCCAAAAGCUGCUGCUCGAAAGAAGCAGGCCUCAGGGUCUGAUGAGGAUCAUUCUUCACCAGCUGGCAGCCAGUCUGGUGAUAACGAGGUGGCUGAAGAAGGUGAUGAUGAUGUCCAGUGGCAGACUGAUACAUCUCUUGAAGCAGCUCGCCAACGCAUCCAGGAGCAGCUCAAUGCCGUGACUGCUGAAAUGGUCAUGCUUUCCACUACUGAGACAGACGAGGAAGAGAAGAAACCUAAAAAGGAAAAGAAAGAGGAAGCCACAAAAAACGGAGCUGUAGAAGCGUUGGAGAAAUCUAACACCCAUGACCGGUUGGUUAAAGAGAUCAAAGGUAAACUGAGCAAGGGGUCAACACCAAGUGAGCUUGUGUCCUUUCUAGGUUCGGUGACUGGCUCCCCUCAGGAGGUAAUGAAUGCACUCUUUGAAACCCUCUUCAAGGGUGUGGGGAAAGGGUUUGCUAAGGAGGUGGCCAAGAAAAAGAACUACCUUGCUGCUGCUGUGCAGGAUGAGGGAUCCCAGUUGCUUCUGCUCCGGGCUAUUGAGGCCUUCUGUGAGAAAUGUAGUGCUGAUGCGGUGAAAGAGGUGGCUUUAGCUGCAAAGUUUCUCUAUGAUGGGGAUAUGCUGGAGGAAGAAUGCAUUGUGCAGUGGUACAAGGAAGGUCUUGCUGGCGUCAAAAAGAGCUCUCCGGUUUUGAAGAACAUGAAGCCUUUUGUCGAGUGGCUUCAGAGUGCUGAGUCAGAAACAGAAGACGAGUAACUACAUGCCUCCAGCAGUUUAGGCUUUUCAAUAUUCUUGGGUUUCAGACUGUUAUCUAUCAGGAUUUCUGGUACUUUCUACUUUGGGGAGUCUAUAUUUUCUAGUGCUGCUUGUCUCUAUUGUCUGUGUUGGUGUUGGAGUCUAUAUGUUCUGGUAUUGCUAUCCUAGUCUGGUUGUUAUAAGAGUCUUCUGCACAGACUUGUCUUUGUGCAAUUAAAUAAUAAACAUCUUUGACCUUGAUUAA